CACAAUUUUCACUGCAUCGAUAUCCGAAAACUUUUAUCGAAUUCGUUUCUGUUGUUUUAUAGUAGUGAAUAGUUACUUGGUUCUGAACGGAGUGAUUCAUGAUCGUGGCGUCCUGGGGCCGUACCACGCAACCGAACUGAUUAUACAACCACCGGUCCACGAUCACAUUUAGGUAAUCUGCUUUUCUCAUCACUGCCUUCAAUCGACACAGCUACUCCGGUUUUGUUUCUAGGACAGUCGUUCUGCCAAUGGCCGGCGUUAAAGUUAAGCACGAAAUCCUGGAGGAAUUGAACGGUGACGACAGUAACAAUACGAAAACGAAGGAUGUUUCGGGAGCUCCGGUGAUUGAUAUUGAUAGUUCCGAUGACGAUUCCUGUUCAUCUGGCGAUGGAAUUAAAAAUGGCAAGAGGUCUAGGGUUUCGAGAGGUGUUGACGAAGUUCAGAGUAACAAAAAGAAUAAAUCUGCUGAUGGUGUGACUCUUCCCGUAGGUUUUCUAGAUCGUUUGCCGCCUAAGGAUGCGGCAUUGCAAAAUAAGAAGGGAAAUAUUGUUUCGUCGGAACGGAACUGUAAGCAGUUUUGGAAAGCUGGCGAUUUCGAAGGAGGUUCCGGAUCUUCCAGAUCUUCCGGUGGUGGUUGGGAUGCACCCGCAGGUGGUAUAGAUCAUUUAAGGGUUCAUCCAAGAUUUCUGCACUCCAAUGCAACUAGUCAUAAAUGGGUUCUUGGAGCUUUUGCAGAACUUCUGGACAAUUCACUAGAUGAGGUCUGUAAUGGUGCUACUUAUGUCAAGAUUGACAUGCUAACAAACAAGAAAGAUGAUAACAGAAUGUUGCUGAUUGAAGAUAAUGGUGGUGGGAUGGACCCUGAUAAAAUGCGUCUAUGCAUGUCUCUUGGCUUUUCUUUGAAAAGCAAGAUCAAAGAUGCUAUUGGACAAUAUGGGAAUGGUUUCAAAACAAGCACCAUGAGGCUUGGAGCUGAUGUUAUUGUCUUCUCUCGAUGCUCUGGGAAAAACGGAAAUAGGCCUACACAAAGCAUUGGUCUAUUGUCCUACACGUUUCUUCGGAGCACAGGAAAGGAAGACAUUGUAGUUCCAAUGCUUGAUUAUGAAAGACGUGAUCGAGAAUGGAAGAAGAUGAAACGAGCAUCAGCAAGUGAUUGGGAUAAAAACGUUGAGGCAAUGGUACAAUGGUCUCCUUUUUCAAGUGAAACAGAUCUAUUGAAACAAUUUGACAAGAUGAAAGAUCAAGGGACUCGCAUAAUCAUAUACAAUCUAUGGGAAGAUGAUCAAGGCCAAUUAGAGCUCGAUUUUGAUGCCGAUAAACAUGAUAUUCAAAUUCGAGGUGUUAAUAGAGAUGAGAAAAGUAUAGAAAUGGCAACACAGUAUCCCAACUCUAGACACUUCCUCACAUAUCGCCACUCUCUCAGGAGUUAUGCAUCGAUUCUGUAUCUAAGAGUUCCUCCUUGCUUCCGGAUGAUUCUGCGUGGGGUUGAUGUGCAACAUCAUAAUAUUGUAAAUGAUAUGAUGAUGACAAAUGAAGUGACAUAUCGUCCGCAGCCUGGUCUUGAUGGGGUCCCCAAGGACUUAAAUAUGGUUGCUACAGUUACUGUGGGAUUUGUAAAGGAUGCAAGGGCUCAUAUCGAUGUACAAGGAUUCAAUGUUUAUCAUAAAAACAGACUCAUCAAGCCAUUUUGGAGACUUUGGAAUGCUGCAGGAAGUGAUGGUCGUGGGGUCAUAGGUGUGUUGGAGGCUAAUUUUGUUGAACCAGCUCAUGACAAACAAGGAUUUGAACGCACCAAUGUUCUUUCAAGACUCGAAACACGCCUCGUUCAUAUGCAGAAGACAUACUGGAAUGCAUACUGUCACAAAAUUGGGUACGCGCCACGUCAGCACAAGAAUAAACCGGAAGACCUAGAACCUUCUCCUAAUUACAAAGAUGACCCUUCUUCUAAAAAGAAGAAUAAGAUACAUGGUGUAGGUGUUGGCUCUUCUGAAUCAACAUCACCUAUGUUUCAAAACAUGCAAGAUAAUGAUUUGAAAACAAACAUGACUCCUAAACAUGCAAAUGCAAAUGGAGAUUAUUAUUCUCAGAGAGACGCAUCAGGUCAAAAGACUCGUUUGGUUUCAGCUCUUGAGAGGUUGAAUCAAUUGGUUGAAGAAAACCGUGAGUUGAAGGAAAGAUUGAAAAGACGUGAAGAAGAGGUGUUAGGUAAUCUGCUUCAGGAUCUAGAAUCUGAAAAGAAUCGUUGCAAAACACUUGAAGCACAGAUUGAAGAGGAAAAACACAAAUAUGAUGUAUUAAACAGGGAGCAAGAAAGUAUCAUUGCUAUAUUUACCGAGGAGAGAGAACGUAGAGACUCUGAGGAGCAAACACUGAGAAAGAAGUUGAAGGAAGCGGAAGCUACAAAUAAGAACCUGGUGGAAAAGGUGACACAGUUGCAGUUGGAGAAGAUGAAGAGUCAGGGGCGCAAGUGGGGUCAGUAGGAGGAGGACAUAAUGUAUGUAGCGUCUGCUAGUGCCUGUUAUGCAUAAUUUGCUGAUGUUUUAGAGUUUUCUGUUUUAGAAGUUAUGGAUGGUUUCAGUUUGUAUGAAAAAUGGAAGGGUUGUUACUUGUUAAUUGUUAUGGUUGUGUUUACUUGCUACCACGCUGUUUGCUUAAGUCAAGUGUCAUGAUUUGUUGCUUAUUUAUGGGAUAGUGAUUGCUCAUAAUAUGUUUCAAAUUAAAGAAAGAGUUAUUGUAUUUAGUGGUUUUGUAUUUUAUGAAAAUCAAUGUAACUCAUCAAAUAUGCUCUAAUGGCAAAUCGGAGGUCUAAUGAGCAAAUUUUGUUAGGACUUUUGGAGUAUUUUUGUGUAUGAAAAUGCC